GUAAAAUGGAAACACACCUUCUCGAAUUUGACUAUUCUUACGGCUACAACUGCAGCAAGUAUAAUCUUCUUGCGCUAGACGAAACAACGCUGCUGUUCAUCUCCGAAAAUUUAUUGCAUUUCUUUAACGUCAAUUCGAGAGAAUUUACUUUCCGACGCUCAACUUUCGGGACCGGAAUUGGAUGCGUCGCAAAAAAUCCAAGUACGACGUUCUCACAUUUUGCGGUGGCAGAAAAUGGACAAACGCCUACGAUAUUCAUUUACAACUGGCCGGAUUUGGAAGUUGUGAAAUUGAUAGAAAAUGCAGCGAAGGAGUGUUUCGCCAGUUUGUGCUACAGCCCAAAUGGAGAAAUUCUCGUUUCAUACAGUGGAAAGCCCGAGCACGUAGUAAGCAUACAUAAUUGGUCAGUAUCGACAGUUUUAUUUAGAAGUUUUACAAACGUUCCCGUCCAUGGGCUUUCGUUUUCGUCAUAUAGCAACAAACACUUCACUUCAUUUGGUUCAGAGUAUGUUACAUUUUGGGAGAUUGUGGAUAAAUUCACAGGAAUAAAAUUGGAAAAGAACGAAGGCAAAUUUGACAAGACUGACACUACGGAAAUUAUAUGCGCAUACCACAUGCCAGAUGAUACUUUCAUCUCGGGAUGCGACUGGGGCAACAUAUUAGUUUGGAAAGACGCCUAUAUAAAAUUGGAAAUUGAAAGAAUGCUAAAUCGUAAGUGCCACGAUGCCCCUAUAACACAAUUUGCCCACAAAGAGGACGAGCUAUGGUCAAUUAGUAUGGAUGGACGCAUCAAAAUAUGGCAUUAUAAAAGUUUGGAAAAUAAACAGUUCAUGGAGGACCAGUGCGUUCUUGGAGUUGAACCAAUUUUUGAAUUUGAUUUGCCCAAUAUCAAGUUCAUGGGCAUUCAUAAGGUUAUAGCCGAUUCCACGGAUACUUCAUAUUUUGUUCAGGAUGGUAACGGAGGUAUUUGGAACGCCGACUUUAAUACGGCAAUGAACCCGAAAUCGCCAAUUCAAUUAUAUAAAUGCCACGGUGGAGCAGUUGUGGAUAUCGCAGCAUGUCCCUGGGAUCAUUAUGUGGCAAGCCUAGGGAGCGAUGGUCGUCUCCAUUUAUACCAAUAUAUUAAGAAGGAGCUUGUGCUUUCACAUCAGUACCCCGCGAAAGGAACUUGCAUGAUUUGGUUACCUUUGCAUGUACACGAGUUGGGAGAUCAGUUGAUAAUGGGAUUUGAUGAUGGUAAUCUUAGGGUGGCAGUACUCAUGUUUGAUGAGAAGAACAUUACAGCAACGACUACUCAGGUAAUUAAAUCACACAGUGGCUCCAUUAUAACUAUUGCUCUUUGUAACAAACGGCAUUUGCUUGUGAGCGGUAGUGAGGAUUCCACUAUUUUUAUCUAUUCAUUGAACACAAUCGAGGAAUAUGUUCAUUUAAUACCCAUAGGUUUUAUUCCGCUUACACUAUGCCCCAGUUAUCUAAAAUGGCAUUCUUAUCAGGAAGCAACAGUUGUUAUUGGCUCCAGAAACGGAUACUAUUCUGAAAUUCCCAUAUCUGAGCAAGCUCAACCACAAUCCCAAGACUCCUACUUGCUUCAAGAGAAAGCAUCCAAUUUUAUCCUAAUUUGCAACAACUCGCCACUUAUAAAUAAAAUUUUGUGGUUUACUUUUUUCAAGAUGGACAUCAUGUGGUUUUCAAUGGACGGAACCGACUCUGGCCGUGUGUAUGAGAAGAGUCUAAAUCACACUUGUGAUAUGAUAUACGAUGCCGGUCACGUUGAAAUUAAUAAUUGUGUCAUAAAUGAGCACCGAACCUAUAUAUUUUUCAUCAUGAGUGAUGGAAACAUUUUAAUAACGAAAGUCAACCCUGACAACGCGAGGGAUUUCUCAACCUCUUGGCAACUGGCCUUGCAUAGUUUCAACAGAUUUAGUUCACAAACAUGUUUUAGUUAUAAUGAAAAAUAUUUGUUCACAUGCUGGCGUGACGGUAACAUUUUCUCUUAUAAAAUUAAUAUAAACGAAGAACCUACGAAGCUUAUUUCACCCCGCAGUAUUUCACGACAAUGCCCUAAAGAAGUGGAGGAUAAUGACGGUUACACAAAAUUAAGCUUGGAGGAACUAAAAAUGAAGAUAAAACACGACUUGAAAUGUACAACCACCAAUCGAAAUCGGGAGACCCUACGACAGCGAUUACAAAGCUUACGUGCACAAUUUGAAGAUUUGCUUAAACGUAACAGUGCUCUGCCUUCGACUCAAAUUAUACCGAAACAAGAGUUCGAAAUACAUCCACUAAUUACCCAGUUUUUUAAGGAUGAACAUCAAGUGAACCUUGCGUGCGUAAACCGCGACCACGCCGUGCAAAUUGAAAUAUCGCAAAUAAAAAUAUGGAAAACCAGAAACCGCUUUACAGAUCCUUUGGAUUGUUUUCCUAUUACCGUGAAAGGUAUUUCCAGUAGAGGAUGGGUGAAAACUAUUCCUCAAAGGAAAUUGGCGAAAGAGUUUCACGAUGCGUUAAUUCUAGUGGAAGAAAAGAUGAAGGCGGAAAAUGAAACGGCGGAAUGGAAGGAGAAGGUGAUGAGUUUCAGCGGUACUGCUGCAAUCGAAAAUCCAUUGGAACGUCAAAAAAGAGUCAGGGAGAAGAAGGAUGUUUUCUUGACCCUACUUGCGCAAGAAAAGAAUUUUGGGCCGAAAAUAAACCAGCUUCUGGAACGUUACAAGAUUCGCAGAAUUCAUUUCCAAAAACGGAAACAAGAGUGGGAAGACUUCACUGCAGCCAAACCCUUGAAAAUCAAUUCCGUAGAAGACCAAAUUAAUUUACGCCACGCAAUCGAAACUGUUGGCGAUUAUAAACUGAAAUCCGAUACGAACUAUAAAGUUCCAAAAUCCUUGUACACAAGCGUUGCUAAACAAUAUCAUUAUUUAUUACAAGCGUCUUUAAAGAAAUACCAAAUUGUUGAUAAAUACAACAACAAAGUGUACCAGUUACGGGAAAGACGUGUGAAGGUACUCGACUACUUACAAAACCUACUCUCAUCCUUAGGAGAAGUACAGGAAGAAUUAGACGAAAAAGACAGAAAGCCAGUACCUGUCAUACCCGAUACGACAAUAGACGAUUUUCCUGAACGUAACUUAGAUGUGAAAGUGUUAUCAGAAGAUACAGAUGUGCAAAUAACGAAGCCCAUCCGAAGUAACUCUGUAUUGAAAGAUAUAUUGGUGGAUGAUGAGGAAUCCGAAUGGGAGGUAGAAGCGAGAGACUAUCGGAAGGCUUGCAAAUUAUUUGAACAAAACUUACUUCUACGCAAAAUAUACAGAACCAUUCAACAGUUUGACGAUGCGCUCGAUGAGUUAUCAAUGGAGAGUUGUACCACCAUGCGAGAUGUUAAUCUCCUUGACUUGCAUUUAAUAACGUUGAAUCAGGAGUUGAUAAUAUCGAAACAGUUUGAACAAUCUGAAAUGUUGAUAGAUGAAAAAAUACAUGCAAAAAUGGAAGCGAUGGAAAGUCAUCACAAUAGUAGCAAAAGAAAAUUGGAAUUCAUUUCUCAACAUGUAACAGAAGCCAAAAUAUUUUACAAAGAAAAGAAAAAAAUAAAAUUUCGCUUCUUAUCCUCCAUAACAGGACAUGAACAUGCCUCGUAUUUGAAAAAGCUUUUCAAAUCAAAUGGAACUGCAGCAGACGCUGAAAUGUCCGAAAACUCUUCAGAUGAAAGUGAAUGUAACAAGGAAACUACACUUGUAGAGGUAGACCCAAUAGUUCCAUGCGAUUCGCAACUAUACAAAGCGACCCUUAACAUGAGGACCGAAAAAUUUCGAAUCAACGGGCGAUUGAAAUAUUUAAAAGAUGCUAUAGAUGUGAUAAAUGUUGACAUAAAGCAUAAUAACACCGUGAAAACAAAGCUUAAGACAGAAAUAGGAAACUUAGAACGUGAAAUGGAGCAAAUACAAAAACAAAAACAAGAUCGACGUAAUCAAGUGAUGUGCACGCUUGUUUUCAAGUUAAACCAAUUACAGUACCCAAAAUCAUCGACUAGUAAAAUUGGCGAUACCCUCGUUUUUUCUCAACCGAUUUUAACAAAUUUGUACAAAAGAGUGGGCCAUUUGCACCAGGAUACAGUACAGCAAGAGAUAAAGCACAAGGAAUGUCUUGGUCAUAUUUGUAAAAUGAAAACCGACUUUCACCAAAUGAAAGAGAACAUAAAAACACUUGAACAAAACAUGGAUGCUGCAAUUAAAAAGAAAGUGGGUAAGGUUAUUCCGGUGGAUUUAAUCGAGCAAGUAAGACUGCGAGAUAAAUUAAUUAAGUUUAAUGUACGAAAUGCGAACGUCCACAUCGCAUAUCAACAGGAGCUCACAACGUUGAGCGAACAGGUCAAAUUGAAACAAAUUGAACUACGUAAUGUAAUAAAAGAAAACACAGAGCGUCAAAAUGUGCUUACUGAGAUCAAUCGCGAGAAGACUAAUUUAAUGCAAACGAUCCGUAUACAGUCUGCUAAGAAGAGGCAUUUGGAAAACGUCGUUGUUAUAGCUGAGCAGUGCAAGGAAGAUAUAGAGAAAUUGUCGCAUAUUAUUAAAAAGCAAAACCAGGAUAUCGAGAUUUUACAAAACGAAAUUAAGCGUUUAAGUCUAAAGUCGCUGCCUAUUGUCGAUCGAAAGGUAUCCAGCGAGCUCCUCAAUCUCACUUUAGAUAUUGACAAGCCCAGUUCCGAAAUUUACCAAUGGAAAUCGUUCGAUGCGAAGGAAUUGAGGGAAAUUGUAGAUCUGCCAGAUCGGCGACAUUUGAAAACUCAAGUACAGAUUCCAUCAGUUAUUUCAGAUGAUGUGGAGGAACUAGUGAUCGCUUUAAUAAUGGAAAUGUGCGAAUCCCUACAAGUAUUUGCAAAUUCAUCGAAACGAUCCGUUCAGCAACUUGUAAAACAAAUUUUACCCAACAUUAUGCAAGAGACCGAUGUGGACAGCAUAGUUAAGGACUUAACUGACUUUUUGUCGACAGAUUUCACCUAUGAACAGCAAACUGUAGUCAAAGACACUGCUCAUCAAAUUUAUACGUUCCUCCAUUCUGAGUCCAAUGUAGAAGAAUUAUCAGAGUCUGCCAGAGAAUUACUAAUUAAAGUAAUUAAUGAGACAAUUACGAGUGCUAAAGAUGCUAAUGCUUUAAUCGAAGAAAUUCUGCUGAAAUUGGUGCACUGUUUACCAAUCAGAUUUUUAAUUCGACAAAGCACAGUGGAUAUGAUAUUGGCUGAAAUUCGAUGUCAUUUACUGGACAAUGACGAAAGUUUAUUGGAGGCAAUUUUAAAUAUUUCAACUGAAUCAACCGAUGAUCUUCAAGAACUCUUAGACAGUAUUAUUGAAACGGUUUACAAAUCCAAAUCGUAAAAUGUUUGGAUAGUAUAUUUAUGCCAGUGUUAUUUUUUGUAGUCUUUUCAUGUCAUGUACCUAUAAUACCCUACUAUCUUCUUAUUAAAGUGUUAAGGGUAACCAUUGGGAAUUUAAUGCUGGUUACAAAGUGAUGGGAUUCCGAAUACUGCUGGAGAUCCUGGAAAAAUUAUUAUCCUCGUGUCAGUGAAGGACUUGUCAUUCUAUUGUAUUUUAUUAGCCAGUUUUGACUCUACUAUCGAUAAGAUCUGGUCGAAGGCACUACGUUCGCUCGUAAAUCGCGUUUGUAGUUUUGACUGCCCCAUCACUCAGAUCUGUCGUGGGUUACCACAUUUCCUUUGUCGGUAUCCAUUUCUAAUAGGUACUUCCACAAUCAUAGAAAUGCGCCAUUUUUGCUGAACUGAAAAAUCACCAUGUUAGUAAACCACUCUCGGUGAUGGCGCCCAGACGUUGCCGACCCCGCACAUAUGUAGCCCCGUCCCUAAAGUUGUUAAUUAUGUACACUGCUCUAAUAGAUACACGUACACUUUUCGUCUUUCUACAAGGGUUCUUUUACUGGUCCUCAUACGCUGCCAGCAGUCAGCCGGCCAAAGUGAAAUUAUAAAAUAAGCUAGCCACCAUUUUGCAAAUAAUUUGCAAAAAUGCCCUAAAAUUUCUAAAAAUAUCACACUCUCAUUGGAACUUUUUUCAUUGCGUUGCCUUAAGAGUCUUCUUUACCUAAGCGCAACUUUUUUUACAUUAUAGUGUAUAGAUGAUUAUAGCUGCAAGAGAUAAGAUGA